UUAUUAAAUUGCUGUUCAUUCAGUUCAGUUAUACGUUUUUUCUUCGUCUAGUGGGUUUCGAAAUUAUCAGGUGUUUUUGCUGAAAGAGCGUUCUACAAAGUUUUCGUGAUAUUUCGAACUGAGUUUCUCAAAAGUGUAUUCUAAAUUUGUCUCUAUACUCGAUGGCAGAUCCAGGGGAAGGCUUAAAUUGUCAUAUGUGUGAAAGGUCAUCUGGAUACUUCAAGAGUCUGGACCCUCAACACGAUUUUUUGAAAUACCCCCAACUGAACUUAGCGCACGAAUUGAUGAAAGAACUUAACCUCUGUGCUCACGACCACAGUUUUGUACCACCGUGGUAGAUUAUACAAAAAAAAAAACUUUUGGGUUCAACUUAUUGCGGAUUUUGCUGAUUUUAAGGGUUUGCUUCUUGUGAACUCUCUCUUACAAGAUAUGGGAUAAAGUUAACAAUUUUGGUCAAGUCAAAAAUUCAACUUGACAAAGGAAAAAACAAACAGUUAAAGACUAGUCAAUUUUAUUAGUGUAGUUUUAAAGUGAUCAAAAUGUCUAUAUGUGUUCUAAAUUUGCAGAAGUCGUACAAGUACAUGAUGUACGCGACAAAGCAACCAUCGCUGAGGAUAAACCAGGCUGAUUUGAUUUGCAAGAGUGGAUGUGGAUAUUUCGGCAACGCUGAUUGGGAAGGUUACUGUUCAAAAUGCUUCAGAAAUCACAUGGACCAAAAGAAGCAGGGGUCCAGCAAACAAAAACAACCAUCCAACGCUUUUACGAAGUUUGAAGAAAAAAAGAGGCAGCAAUCAGAUAAAAAAUCGAAAUUUUUGCCGCUUUUCAGGAAACCCUCUAAUGUAAAAGAUGCCGACCAGCACCGUUCUUCCGGAAUGAAGCACAACAAUCCAGAUGCUGAAAAACUUAUGACAGAAUACAUGAUCAAAUUCAGUGAGUAUGGAGAAUCGUUGAAAAAUGACUUCUUCAAAUCCGCCCAGAGUUUUAUCAAGAGGAUCAAAAUUGAUGCCGAUGUGAACAAGCCUAUCGAUGAUAUUUCAGAUGUUGUACAAAAGUAUUAUAGCUCCUUCAAUGAAAAUUUGUACACAGCCAAAGUAUACAGAGAUUUGCAACCUGAAGAAAAGGAACAUUUGUUGAAUUUCUUUGAGAAAUAUGUUAUGACACUUUUAUACAGUGUUUUAUUCUGCCCCCAAACAACAAACGAUGAAGAAAAGGACUUGGCAAUUCAAAAUCGUAUCCGCCAACUGAGUUGGGUGAACGCACAUCAUCUUGACAGCUGUAUCAAUGAAACAAGCAUUGAAGUUCGCGACCUUGUUUACACGGCCAUCGCAGACCUUUUGGGAAUAGAUUCCAUGAAAUCUCCGUUGGAAAAACUGACCUGUGUGGUGAAAUGCUGCAGGAAUGUCGUCGAGGUAUUGAAACAUUGUCGAGGAGGCCCUGUUAGCGCUGAUGAAUUUCUACCAGCACUUAUCUUUGUUGUAUUGAAGGCAAACCCUGCUAGGUUGAAAAGCAACAUUUUAUAUUGUACGAGGUUUUGUAAUGAUGCUAGACUUAUGAAAGGUGAAGCUGGAUACUAUUUCACCAAUUUGUGUUGCGCCGUUUCGUUCAUAGAAAAUCUAACCGCUGAAUCAUUGAACAUGCCAGAAGAGGAGUUUGAAAGUUAUAUGUCCGGAGAAAUUACUUGCAUCAGUGCAUGGGAAUCUGCUCUGGUUGCGUGCGAAGGCAUGCACCAGCUCCGAGAACAUCUUGGCAUCUUAAGAGAUCUAACUGUCAGAACGUCUGCAGUUGGAGACAGCACCAGGGCUAUGAGGGAAGAAAUAGAGAAAUUCAAGGUGGAGUUGGAUACGACUGUGAACGAAGUCCUAGAUAGGACACCAUUGAUCAUUAAACCAAGAAAAAUAACGAUAUCUCUGGAUUCCCAAAAUACAGCUAUUCCCAGUGUUAAUCCUGUAGCUUUUCCUCUCGGUGUAGAAGGUCCUGAAGACUCUGAAGCCAGUUACUAUCACCAAAAUCUAGAAAUAGGCCAGUUUAGCAGCUAUAACAAAUCUAAUUUACAGUUAGAUAUUACACCUUGCGUAAAAGUUGAAUCGGAGUCUGAUCUUCAAAGUGUGGAAAAUACUCCCGAUGAUAACAGUCAUAACUCAUUAGGCCUUUCGAAGAUAAAUUAUGACAUUGAUUUCUCCGAUUUGAGCGGUGAGAAUAGCCUUGGAGAUGAUAUAACACCCGAAAGGAAAUCUUUGAAUAUAACACCUGAUCCGUUUAGUCCCAUCGAGUCUAACUGUUCAAUAACACAAGAACCAUUAAUUCCAUCUAAUGUGUUCGCUUCAGGCACUAACAAACCAAAAAAUGAUUUCGUGUCACCUUUUCAAGAAGAAAGCGAGGACUCCAAAACAUUACUGGAUGAAGAGCCUUCAAAAUCUGAAGAUUUGCCUUCUCCAUUGAAACCUUUGAGUUCUUACUCAGGCUUCUCGAAACAAGGACUUCAAAUACCCAGCAUUCCGUGUAUUACAGGUGAUCUGAGUUCCUUGAAUGCUCCAUCAAGUUCGGGAACUUCAGUUAAGAAAUAUUCUUGAAUAGUCCAUUUUGAAAGGUAGAGUCGAUUUCGCUAUUUUUGUUUUUAUUUUAUUCAAUAUUUUAUUUUUUGUUAUUUUUUUCUUCAAUUUUUCUUUGAUUCAAUGACCAAAGUUUUAUCCAGUGGAAGUAGUACUUUUUAAUUGAAAAUAUGUAGACCUUGUCAGAAAUUUUUGAAUGUUUCAUCAGAAAUUUUAUUUAUAAUAUUUGAUUGUUAUUAUCCCAAAAUUGUAAUAUUUAUGGAAAUUUUGAAUGUAGUACUUCAGAAUUUCAAAGUUAAUAAAUGAAUCCUAGUUA